CUUGUGUUAGUGAUAUGUCAAUAGAAGCGACAGUAUUGGUGAAUAAUUCAUAGUGUGUGUAUAUACAUAUUUAUUAAAAGUGAAAGUUUCUUCUUUUUAAAAAGUGUUUCUAAAAGGAUCAUGUUUUAUAAUAAACAAAAAUGUCUUUGAUAAAUACGGAAAAUAAUAAUGGCUCAUCAAAUGAAAAAGAAUCAACAUCGUCUGAUGAAAAUUGUCAAGAUCGAUUGCGAACAUCGACACCUUCUUUGCUAUCAGAUUUACAGCUUCGUAGUACCGAGAUUGGAGAAAUAGCAGAAAUGCCAGAUUAUGAAAAUUUAAAUACAUCAGCUGUUUUACAUUAUUGUAAGCACAAAAUUUUGAGACCCUAUUUACGAUUGUUGGGAGUUAUGGGAUUAAGACCAACAAGUAGCGAUGAUUCUGAACAUAGUUCGUGUUAUUGUAUAUUGGUGAAUUUUCACACAGUGCAGGUCACUAUUUUCAUGUGCAUUGGAUACAUUUUACAGUUUAUGGCAUGUUUCAGGAGAGAUCGUGGGUUCUGUUACAAAGCGAAGCCACCUAUUGAAAUAAUCAAAUCGGAAUUAAAUCCAUCUCGAAUCCCUAUGGAGAAUGAUUUAUGUUAUGGAAAUGCUGCAUUUAAUUAUGCGAUACCAAGUACUUUGCAUUUAUUAGGAUAUUUAUAUACAGUUUAUUUGUUUCGAAUAAAGGAAAAUGAACAAUUGCAAAAUUUAAUGGAAAGAGCAUUUCUUCUAUCAUCAACGCCAGUGAAUCGUGGCAAUCAAAAAAGACUUGUUAGAAUUUUAUGGCUUUUCAUUGGUCUCAGUGGAGUAUGGAUGCUUAUGGCACUAUCAACUGUUACAUUUAUGAUGGUAACACAAAAUAUUCGCUUUCAAUGGGUUGAAGAAAGCCCUCAAAAAGUGAAAGAAUUAUUGAAAAUUAUUUUGGUAAUUUGUACUUUAUGGCACGAUAUGGUACAGGGUACAAUUAUUACCAGUUAUUGUCUACAAGGACAACUUUUGAUAUCGCAUUUAACAUUUCUUCGUGCGAAAUUACUUCAACAUUCAAUACCGCCAAUCGAAUGGAUGAAGGAAAUUAGCGAAUUUAAAACGCUUCUAAAAUACUUUAAUGAUGAACUUGGUCCGGCAGUAUGCAUUUAUACUGUAAUUAAUAUAUCUUGGGCAUUCGCGGGAAUUGUCUGGUUAUUUAAAGUCGAUAGUAUUAAUAUUCACGAUAGUCCUGCCACUUGCAUUGCAAUAUUUAAUGUAAUACUUUGGAUAUCAUUAUCAAUCGUUCCAUUUGUCCAGGCUGCACGUUUAACAACAACAUGUUCAAUGAUACAAAACAUUGGUCACGAGGUUCGAAUUCGUCCUUACGUUUAUCAAGGAACAUCUGGACAAGAUUUAGAUACUAUUUUAUUAUAUACUUCAUCAUUAAAAAUUUGUGCAAGACUAUAUCGUGUUCCCAUAACUGGAAGAUAUUUGUGUAUGAUUUUGACAAUCGCAGGAGUUUCUGUACUUACACUUGGACAGUGUAACGCAUUUUCAUAAUCACUUAAAAUGAUUAUAUUAACGUCUUUUUAUUUUGCACAUUAUUUCGUAAAUGUGUAAAUAUUUAUCUAUAAUGCAUUUAUUAUGCAUGCACACUGUACAUAAAUUUAAUUAGAUUAAAAUUCACCGAUAUGUAUAAGAAGUUAUAAGUAUCUGUUGCUGCCAAAAAUUAUUAUAUUUAAUGAAAUUAAAUAAUUACAACAAAAUUUAUUUAUUAAUCAAAAAACAA